UGGGAACAUAAACAAGACUGCAAGUAUUUAUUGAACAACUAUUCAAAAUUUACCGUGAACUUUUUUCAAACUAAUUGAUCACUAAACUUGCAGAACACAACAUACUACACUGAAUUCAUAACAGAAUAGAAACACAAGUCAAAAUGGACAGCCCAAAGAAGAAUAGAAAAACUAAAACAGAAUCAAGUAAGAGGCGAAAUAACAGACUGAGUGAUUACUCUUCAGGAUCUGGAAGUGGGGAGGGUAAAAAUAUUCCUAAAAAAGUGCCAUCAAGUUUCACUGAAGGAAUAACAUCAUCUACUUCAGAAAGUAGCAGCUACAAAAAAGGAAGCUAUAACACCGCUAGCUUUGCGGAUGGAGCAAGUUCAGUUUAUUCCGAACAAUUGGAAAGUAAAAGUGGAAGACGAGUUGAGAAUCAACCAAGCUCCUUGCAAGAAGCAACUUCUUCUGUAUACACUGAUGCUUCAUACAGAAGUGAUGAUGGACGAAAGAACUUGAAGGGAGGAACUUCAGCAGUAUAUCCAGUAAAUAUGCCAGGAGCAAGCUUUCCAGCAACUGAAUCUUACAAUUCUAAUUCUGAUAGUCUCGGUUCUGAUCAGAGUAGAGAAAGUUCCUUCAGAGGCCGACAACGCAGGCCUGAUAACAUCAGGUUGAUGCCGUUCAAGGUCAAAGACGUUAUGGAAAUGAUCAAAGACAAUCCCGCUUACAAAGACAAGUCACCAGUCAUGAUCAAAGUGAAGGAAAAUGACAUUGAUCAAAUAUUGGAAGGCCAAGGUGUGAUACGCGGAAAGGCUGAACCUCUGGACCAAUACCUGAGACCUCGGAACAGUCCGGAUUCUUUGCAAAAGAGUUUGAGAGAGGAGUCGUUCAGAAUGCCAACUGGUGCGGAUAUUGGAAGACCAAAGACUAGUCAAGAAACCAAACAGAGACAUGAAAAGCCUCUAGAUGAACUACCAUUUUCAGGGGCUGAUAGAACACAAAAGAUAUUUGCCAUGCCUGAUAUCCAAGCGUACCCAGUUGUGCACUCAGUGCCUCGUCGUGGAAGGAACAGGUCCAGACCUGCAGGAUUUGAACCACCUCGCAGACGAGUACUGAGCAAAUCUAGAUCAAGGAGGCGUAGAUCUCGCCCAGUCAGGAGGCACUCUCGUGACAGAAGAGUCGUGAGAAGACAGACACCUCGCAGACGAUACAUUAGCCCUUGCACCGCCUAUCCAAUGUGUGACGAUCAAUGUCCCAUCACCAGACCUUACAGAGGACCGAGAAUAACCGGAUAUGGGCCUCGGCGAGUAAUGUCAAACACAUCAAACUACGAACGAAGAGUUCCCCGUCGAGUUGUAUCCAACUACGCUCCUUACUACGAUAGACCUCAACGGGUGGUGUCCAAUUACAACACGCCGUACUACGCGAGCGCUCAAAGAGUUGGUAGUUACAACACUCCCAUGACAUCGGACAACUCGGGUCUUUACUACGCCGACAGCAAAACAGAGCAUGGACGAUUCAAACAUAGAGGAAAUUGCUGCUGUAACUUGUGCAGCAACAAACUACAGUUCGUCCAGCCCGGGUUGUGUUCAAAGAAAAAGACCGUUUGGACCAAUGAGUACGCUGUUAUUCCAAAACCGCAGGUGCACCUUAUAGACCCGUGUGAAGAGCUAGAUCCGGCCAUCUAUCCGAGAGCGGACAACCCGUGUAUCCGGGACGGACAAGGGAAUCCUCUCACAGACUGCAUCGGAAGACCCUUGAGAAGUCCCGUGGGGAAGAAGUUCCUCAACUUUACCGCUAACGGAAGUGUGAUGGAGACAAGUUUACGAGGCAACUUCUACACGGGGCAGCCCCCGCUGUGUGUUAAAUGUCCAAUGCCAUCGGGAACCUGCGGCCCGGACGCUACACAUAACUGGUGGAUGAACUGUGGGUAUCCUAUCAUGUCCGACAUGAACCCCUUUUACAAACGGGUUCUGGCUGCUGAAAUGGGUCCUUGCUAAUUGCUAGAUUGUAUGAAUAUUUGCUGUGUUUAAAGUAGUCUCCACCUAUGUCACAUGUUUUUUAAUCACACACUUUGUCAGAUAACAAAUAAAUAAACAACACGUUUUAUAAUAAUUAAUAAAAAUAAAUUUGGCAAAAAAUAAUAACAACAGUCAUAAAUUAACUGUUUU